AAAAUAUGCUCCAACCACGACUAGGCUCUUCGGUACCGCUAUAAAUGUAGCGUCAAAUUUCAGACAAUCUACUUUAUAUGGCCAAGGCCCGACUCAGCCCGAAGUACAUCCAAAUCUCCGUGCGUUCAUAUACAUGGGCCGAAUCCUGGCAAUAAACAUGCAUAUGCUCCCGAAUCGAGUGUUUUGCCCUUACGGUUACAAUGUAUAAAGACACACGCGCCGCAGUUGAGGUACUUGCUGAUGCCAGUUCUUCUCUCCCAUCGGCGUCCUUCCCACGAUGAAGUACCCUUUGUUUGCAGCUGCUGCAGUGCAAAGUGCGCUCGCACACCCCGGAUCCCCUCAACCGGAUGCGCAAGGGAGAUAUACUCUUGAGGCGGAAGGAAUCAGGGCACAAUUUAUCCCAUACGGCGCCACCCUCACCAAUCUCUUUGUCAAAGGCUCAAAGGGCCAAGAGUUGGACAUUGUCCUAGGCUACGACAACACAUCCUACUACCCCGUUGAUCCUGGACAUCCAGUCUAUAACGCGAUCCCUGGUCGAUAUGUCAACCGCAUUGGAAAUGCAGAGUACUCGAUUGACAAUGUUACCUAUCACACGGAGCGGAACGAUGGCCCCAACACCCUGCAUAGCGGUACCAACAACUGGUCUUACAGGACGUGGAACGUUAGCCGUGUGACCAAAUCGUCCAUUACAUUCUCCAUUCGUGACGCCUCCAACUCGUCGCUUGGCAUGAUUGGUCGCGUCGAUGCAAGCGUCACGUACUCUGUGUCGAAGAACAAGUGGCACAUCUCCAUGGAUGCUACCUCGCCGGAAGCGAAGACUCCUCUCAUGCUGACGCAGCACACGUACUUCCAACUUGAUGCCUACACGCGACCCGACAACCGCACCAUUUGGAAUCACACAGUGUACAUGCCCGAGGCUAAGCGCAAGAUUGUCAACGACCAAAACUCCCUACCUACGGGCGAGAUUGCGCAAGUUGCCGUAAACUCGAUUGAUGAUUUCUGGUCGGCGCCGCACGAGCUUGGGUUUGCAUCAGGCAGCACCGAGUUUGAAACGCACUGCGGUACUGGAUGCCACGGAUACAAUGGUGCCUGGGCGUUCAACGAGGGUAGAGACAAGAAGGCGACGGUGCUGACGCUAUCGAGCAAGUACAGCGGUGUCGAGGCUAAGCUGAAGACUGACCAAGACGCUGUUGUUCUGUACACGUGCAACUGGAUGGACGGAAAGGGCGAGUUCAAGAGCACCCAAGGUGUUCGAGGACAGAACAAGCUUAUCCCACGCGACGGCUGCAUUGCGAUCGAGGCGCAGGACUAUCCCGACGGCAUUAACCAUCCGGAGUGGGGUCGGCUAGACGAACAAAUCACGGGCCCGGGCAAGAAGUACCACUGGGAGUCGUCGUGGGAGUUUGGAACGCUCUGA